AAGUACCAGGGAGAGUACAACGAGUUCAACCAGAGGCACGGCUAUGGGCGGGCAACCUUCCCCAAUGGGGAUGAAUACGAGGGGUACUAUUCGUACGGAAAGAGACAUGGGUUUGGGGUUUAUAAGUACAAAAAUGGCGCAGUUUACGCUGGGGAAUUUUGCAACGGACGGAAGAAUGGGGUGGGAAAGAUCAUAUAUACGGAUGGAUCAAGUUACGAUGGCAAAUGGAAAGAUGAUGACAGACAUGGCUUCGGAAUAUAUAAAUAUUCUAAUGGAGAUGUUUAUGAAGGAAACUGGUCGGACAACCAGAGGCACGGCUCUGGCAAGUACACUCACCUAAGUACCAACAUGCAGUAUAUCGGCACGUGGGAUAACGGAUCCAGGAAUGUGGAUGGCAAUCUCCUGGAUAUCAAC